AUGUUUUGCGACAAAUGCUCACCUUCGCUGCUGGCAGGUCUAGCUGCAUUAUUUUCGAACGUAUUGGCUGCACCACAUUGUAAUCUCGUUCCACCGACACGACCUUCACUCACGGCGCAAACUGGCUCGAGUGGAAGUAUCGCCGAUGGCAUGGACGUAGUGGCGACUGGGUGGUACCCAGGCUGGCUCGGAAGUCAACUGCCACCCAACGAAAUCUCCUGGACGAAGUACAGUGCCCUGACCUUUGCCUUCGCCACGACUACUCCCGACCCUUCCGUGAUUGCCUUGGAUGAUGAAAGUGCAGCGUUGUUGCCUACUUUUGUCAACGAGGCUCACAACAAUUGCGUCGAUGCAUUAUUGUCGAUCGGAGGCUGGACUGGAUCGAUAUACUAUUCAACCGCAGUAGGCAGCGCUGAUAAUCGCACGACGUUCGUGAAGGCCAUCCUCGACUUGGUCAACACAUACGCCCUGGAUGGCAUCGACUUUGACUGGGAAUACCCUUCGCGGCAAGGAAUCGGCUGCAACACUAUCUCGGACGAUGAUUCUGCCAACUUCCUGUCCUUUCUCGAAGAACUCAGAGAAGACCCGGUCGGCGCUGACCUCACACUUACUGCCGCCGUUGGAUUGACUCCAUUCGCUGGCCCUGGCGGCAUCCCAUUGUCGGAUGUCUCUGCUUUUGCUGAUGUUUUGGAUCAUAUCGCCAUCAUGAACUAUGAUGUAUGGGGUGCAUGGUCUACAGAUGUGGGACCUAAUGCUCCUUUGAAUGAUUCAUGUGCUGCUGUCCAGGCAGGGUCAGCUACUUCCGCAGUCAAGGCGUGGACCGAUGCUGGAUUCCCAGCUUCCAAGGCAAAUAUAUCCUUAAUCUCGAAUGUUGAAGCACUUUCCAACUCAUGUGAACUGUUUCAUGCAAAGAUUGUGUUGGGAGUUGCAGCUUACGGGCACAGUUUCCAUGUUGCAACCAACGAUGCUCUAGACAACGCUGGCAACCUCGCUCUUUACCCACCUUUUGAUAAAUCCCAACAACCUUUAGGUGAUAGCGAUAUUCCUGGAGCCCCUCCUAGCGAAGACGAGUGUGGAAACCCUGUCGGAGUUUCAGGAACAUUCAAUUUCAAUGGAAUGGUUGCUGCUGGAUUUUUGGAUACCAACGGGAAUGCCGCAGCAGGCAUCGAUUAUAGAUUCGAUAAUUGCAGCCAGACUCCCUUUGUCUAUGAUCCGAAUAAUCAAACCAUGAUUUCUUACGAUGAUCAAACAAGUUUCGCUGCCAAAGGUCGCUUCAUCGACGAAAAUGGUCUUGCCGGCUUUGCAAUCUGGCAUGUGGCGGGGGAUUACAACGACACCCUUCUUAACGCUAUCAGUGAUGCACUGGACCUGGAGCAGGUGUGUUCAUGA